UAGACUCGGUUGGAUGCCUGUGCUCUCAUAUACAGGUGCAUUUGGUCGGAGGAGUCAGCGUUAUUCGGGUGGGCUGUGUGUCAGUGGAUAACAAAAAGCAUAGAUCUCUAACAUUGGCUGGAUAGGUUAGACUCGGUUGGAUGCCUGUGCUCUCAUAUACAGGUGCAUUUGGUCGGAGGAGUCAGCCUUAUUCGGGUGGGCUGUGUGUCAGUGGAUAACAAAAAACAUAGAUCUCUAACAUUGGCUGGAUAGGUUAGACUCGGGUGGAUGCCUGUGUUCUCAUAUACAGGUGCAUUUGGUCGGAGGAGUCAACGUUAUUCGGGUGGGCUGUGUGUUAUUGGACAACAAAAAAGUGUAGAUCUCUAACAUUGACUGGAUCGGUUAGACUCGGUUGGAUGCCUGUGCUCUCAUAAACAGGUGCAUUUGGUCGGAGGAGUCAGCGUUAUUCGGGUGGGCUGUGUGUUAUUGGAUAACAAAAAAGUAUAGAUAUCUAACAUUGACUGGAUAGGUUAGACUCGGUUGGAUGCCUGUACUCUCAUAUACAGGUGCAUUUGGUCGGAGGCCUAAGCUGUGAUGUGAUGAGUGAGCACCCACUCACUGCUACAACUUUGGAGCCUCACCAUUGGGUGAAAUAAUGAUCCCAUGUUGGGACCAUGGGGCUCUCCCUAUAAGAAGUGCCUCAGCUACUCUGUUGAGCCAUUAUUUUCUGGCUUGUCUACUACUCAGCACCAUGUUGUACCUUACCAUAGUCAUCCGCUGGUGUUGUACCCCACUGGACCACAUCAACUUUAUCACGGAUAACAUCACAAAGUGGUAUAUGAACAGGUGGACAUACAACGAUACUAGACAUUUGACAGUUAUCUGCAUUGAGAUUGAACCCAAAGGGACUACCAACUACAUAACCCAGUUAGUACGUUUGAUGCAAAAUCUCUGGGUUGAACCGAAUGUCAAUGUGAUGGAGUGUGGAAAUGUGGAUACGUUGUUGGGAAACAAAAAUGCGUUGGGUGUUGUUAGUAACACCUACAGUGUCACCCAUACUGACAGUAGGCCAGGACUCAGUUUCUACAAACAUUUGAGUAACACAGUGGCAUUAGUGAAAGGGUACGACUGGACGAUACGGAAGGGAUCGACCGUGGCGGACAAGUUGACGAACAUGAAGCUGCACUGUCAACAUGAACCGCACUGUGUCACUGUUGUACUGACUGGGUCAUCAACCAAGAUGAUAACAGUGCAAUGUCAACAACCCCAGAGGAUAUACGACUUGAUGAAGACAUACGGGAUUAGAUGCUCCAACGUCUGGGAUUCCAACAUAGCACUGUCGGCAAUGGCUCCUUGUACAGCGCUGAUUGACCACAAUAUGAUGCUAAUAUAUGCAGACAUGGUCCCCCACACUGAUAACAUCUGUCAGGACACCAACGUCGACACGUUCUACCACAACAUGAAAUACAUCACAAUAAAAACAAAAGGCAGAGUACUGAGACACAGACCCUACACAAUGCCUCUUCGCAAGUCGGUACAUCUGCCACCACAGCCAACCAGUCGUACUAACACCAUCUCAGGGGACUCUCUGUCCGAGAGUAUACCACUUGCCCUGUACUACAGUGAUCAAUGGGCACGCCUAAACACCGUUAUGGAGUCAGAUGGUCGAUUUGUUUCAAAUGUCCAGUGUGUAUCUCCACAUUAUGUGUCUAAAGAUACAUGUAUGGUGGAAAUUGAAUCAGACCAAAACGUUGUGCUUACAGGUAAGCAGAUCAUUGUACAUAGCUAUUGUAACUAUACCCUGCAAUGGACGUUUCUGUACACUUCACUUUCUGUACACUUGAGUUGUAUAACGUAUGUUUCUAUCCUUAUAGCGCCUGAUGACAAUGAUGAUUUGGACGACAUAUACCGAACCCCGUUUUCCUGUCUCUGCUGUUUGGAAAUGUCAAACCGCUACCUUACAUGUGGACACAUCAUGUGUCUACAGUGUAUAAGACGUAUCAAGAAAGAUGGUGUCCUUCAGUGCCCAAUGUGCAGAAAACAGUCCACCUGUGACAGACCCCUUAUAGGAGUACCAGACUUUGUAUUUACAUGUCAUGCAUGUUCUAGUAAGAAGGACUGGGUUGGAGACUGUGGCCAUGUAACAUGCAGAUGCUGUAGCACCUGUUCUGAAUGCUCUACAUCCUUUACGAAACUCAGCAAACUGUAUACAGUAGUGUAAAUGACAUGUACCCAUAAUGACCCUAUUGGCAAGGCUUGUAAUUGUGCAAUGAAAUGCUUUUAUUGUGUCAUGUACCAUUGCAAAAGACAACAUAUUCCAUAUAACAUUCUAUGACCCUGUCAACAUAUAAUGUAAUGUUUUUUGUAUAUAUUACCUUGUAAAGAAUAAACUGUUGUAUUGUACUUGAAUAACUUUGAAAAAUAAAAACAUUUGUAUAUGACAUGGAUUACCUUGUACAAAUAAACUACUUCUGUCAACCACUUUGUUGUAAUGUUGAGUAAGGACUUUGAUGAACACUAUCCAACUAUAACUCACCUUGUAGUACAAUGUGACUAGUUUCAAUAGUAUCUACACUAUGUGUUGGGUUGGAAAGGCCUGGACCUUGACAAGAACCAUCGGACAUGUGUACAAAGGCCUGCUUGUUUACCUGGAACUGUGAUGUGAAAGGUAGCCUUGCAAGGUUGUAUG